GAAAGCUAUUUUUAAACCACAUUUUGGCAAAUGUUUUGAAACUUUUUCACUAGGUCCUCCUAGCUUGUUUGUCGCAUUUGGCGGAUAACCUCGGCUGGUGCUAUCAGGGCGCCAUCAUUUGUAAUCGUCGUUAUUCUGUUGCACGGUGUAACCGACUUCAGCCAAAAAAAAAUGGUGUUUGACGUCGCGGAUAAAGUCGCUCUGGUCACGGGCAGCGCGUCCGGGAUGGGAUUCAAAUUUUGCAAGGAGUUUCUGAGACGGGGCGUAAAGGGAGUCGUCUUGGCCGAUGUAGACAAAAACCUGGGCGAAAUCGCAUCAAAGGAAAUCGCUGCUGAAUUUGGAAAAGGCAAGGCGAUUUUCGUGGAAACCGAUAUAAGCGACAAACGGCAGUUCGAGGAGGCUUUCAAAUCAGCAAUCCGGACGUUUGGCCAGAUCGACAUCCUCGUAAAUAAUGCCGGUAUUCUAAACGAUGCUCAGUGGGAAAGAGAGAUUUCCAUUAACGUGAAAGGCACGGUUAACGGAAUGAUUCUUGGUUUGGAACACUACCUCCAAAAAUAUAAAUCAGGACUCGAAGCGGUAAUCGUCAAUGUAUGUUCGGUGUCUGGAAUCGAGCCGCUAGACUUUUUUCCCAUUUAUUGCGGAACCAAAUUUGCCAUUCACGGCCUAACACUAUCGUGGGGUCUUCCUUCGCAUUACGAGAGGACCAAAGUCAGAGUGGUGGCUCUAUGUCCUGGAAGAACCAAGACUCCACUAAUAGAGGAUACGACGGGCAAAUUCUUGCUUGAUGAUUAUAAAAAAGCGCCAGUCGACGUUGCGUUACUAAGAAAAUUCACGCAGACUGCUGACCAAGUGGCUCCUCGUAUGAUCGAAAUCAUUGAAAAGGCUGAUCCCGGAACGGCCUGGGUCGUGGAAGGAGGCGACGCUCCAUACAAAUUUGUUCUUCCCAAUCGAUUCGAGAUAGUUGAAAAAGUGUAUGUAUAUUUAACGCGCGACUACCAAUCAAACCAUCAGAUUGAAGAAAUGGUGUUCGAUAUUAAAAGUAAAGUCGCCUUAAUCAGUGGCGGUGCGUCCGGUAUUGGACUGAGAUACGCAAAAGAAUUGCUAAAACACGGGGCAAAGGGCGUGGUUCUGGCCGACGUCGAUUCCAAUUUGGGUGCUACGGCUUUAACAGAAAUCGACAGACAAUUUGGGAAGAAUAAAGCCAUUUUCGUAACGACGGACGUGACCGACUUCCAACAGUUCGAGAAUGCAUUUAAAAAAACUGUAGAAACGUUCAAAAACGUCGACAUUUUAAUAAACAACGCGGGAAUUUUAAACGACGAAACCUGGGCAAAAGAAAUCUCCAUCAACCUCAACGGUGUUGUUCACGGUGUUCUUUUGGGUUUGGAAAACUAUUUGCAAAAGUACAAAUCUGGAUCGGAGGCAGUCGUCGUCAAUAUAUCUUCAAUUGCCGGGGUUGAACCGUAUGCCGCCAUUCCCAUAUAUUGCGCCACUAAAUUUGCUGUCCUCGGAAUGAGCCUUUCCUGGGGUCUUCCCUUUCACUACCAGAGAACCAAGGUCAGAGUUGUCGCGAUUUGUCCCGGAGUUACAGACACCCCUUUAAUCGGUGAGAUGGCCGGGAGGAAUCUUAGUGAAGCUUACGAAGAAAUAAGACUUAAGGAACUUCAAAACUGUAAAAGUCAGAAGCCGGAAUACGUAGCAGCAGGUAUGAUCACAGUUUUGCAGAAAGCUGAAUCUGGGACUAUUUGGAUUAUAGAAGCAAAUGAAGCUCCUUACCAGUUCGUUUUACCUGACCGAUUCAAGUUCACUGAUAAAAUAUUUUUGAAAUAAACUUCCACAAAUAUCUUCUAGUAUUUAGUACAAUUCUUUAUCGUUUAUAAACUAAGCCUGUGUUAAAAAAAUA